AAAAUCCAUCACUCGCCACACAAACAAAUGCCACUGCUCCUCCGUCGACCCCUUUCUCCCUCCCUCCUCUCCUCCUUCUUCCUCCUCCGCCGCCGCCCAAUGUCUUCCAAAUCCAUCUCCCCCGAUCCAAUCAACCCGUCCACCACCCGAAUCGGUUGGAUCGGAACCGGCGUAAUGGGCCGGUCAAUGUGCGGACACCUAAUCAAAGCCGGAUACUCCGUCACCGUCUUCAACCGCACAAUCUCCAAAGCCCAGACUCUCCUCGACAUGGGCGCGAACCUAGCCGACUCCCCCAACUCCCUCGCUUCCCAAUCCGACGUCGUCUUCUCAAUCGUCGGUUACCCUUCCGACGUCCGCCGCGUCCUCCUCGAUCCAAACUCCGGCGCUUUGUCCGGUCUAUCUCCAGGCGGCGUCCUCGUCGACAUGACCACCUCCGAGCCUUCUCUAGCCGAGGAGAUAUCCAAAGCAGCCUCCUCCGUCGACUGCUUCUCAAUCGACGCUCCCGUCUCCGGCGGAGACCUCGGUGCUAAAAACGGGAAGCUCUCGAUCUUCGCCGGAGGAGACGAAGCCACCGUGAAGCGUCUGGAUCCGUUGUUUUCGCUUAUGGGUAAAGUCAACUUCAUGGGGACAAGCGGGAAAGGGCAGUUCGCGAAGCUAGCGAAUCAGAUCACGAUCGCUUCGACGAUGUUAGGGCUCGUGGAAGGGAUCGUGUACGCUCAUAAGGCUGGACUCGAUGUUAGGAAGUUCCUCGAGGCGAUUUCUACAGGAGCUGCGGGUUCGAAGUCGAUUGAUUUGUAUGGAGAGAGGAUUCUCAAGAGGGAUUUCGAUCCUGGGUUUUAUGUGAAUCAUUUCGUUAAGGACUUGGGGAUUUGUUUGAAUGAGUGUCAGAGGAUGGGGUUGGCUUUGCCUGGUUUAGCUCUUGCGCAGCAGCUUUACUUGUCUCUCAAGGCACAUGGUGAAGGUGAUCUUGGAACUCAAGCUCUUAUUCUGGCACUGGAGCGACUCAACAAUGUCUCUGUUCAAUCAGUUGUUGCUUGAUUGUUGUCUAUCUACAUUGUAAUGCUUGUUUUCUGUUCUUCUUGAGAAAAGAUUCGAACUUUUGUUGUGUAUUGUUGCUCGAACAUGAACGUUUUUUCUGGAAUAUGUAUUGUUAGAUACAUGUGUAUUA